GACAGACGACAGCAGCUGACGACAGAAUCUUGUUUACAUUGUAUUUAUUUUGUCUAUGUUAUUUUCUUUGAGUCUGAGUUUGAGACCGUGUUUGGACGUCUGGGUGUAAAUUGAGACUUUGUGGACAUCAUAAUAUAUAAUUUAUUAUGGUUGUAGACACUUGCAGUUAAAUACUAAAAUACUCAAAUCGUAAGAUUUUGCUAAAUUAACGUAUCCUAUAUUCUGCUGAUAAAAACAAAUGUAAGCAUCAUAAUAAAAUGCAGCCUCAAGAAAUUCAACCCAAAUAUGCAAAAUUAAAUAUAGGUGGUUCGUUAUUUUACACUACAAUUGGUACCUUGACCAAGCAUGAUACAAUGCUGAAAGCUAUGUUUAGUGGUCGGAUGAAAGUACUUGCUGAUACUGAAGGUUGGGUCCUAAUUGAUCGUUGUGGCAAGCACUUUAAUUCUGUGUUGAACUUUUUGCGUGAUGAACAUGUAGCUCUUCCAGAUAAGACACAUGAAAUCGCUGAGCUAUUAGCUGAAGCCAAAUUCUAUUUAAUAUCACCACUUGUUGAAUCUUGUCAACAAGCUUUACGAUCAAGACAAUGUAAAAUCGAACCUCAAUGUCGUAUACCUCUUACGUCUUGUAGUGCAGACUUAAGUCAACUUAUUACAAUGAGUACAAAACCAACCGUUAAACUUCUUAUAAAUAGACAUAACAACAAGUAUUCAUAUACAAGUGCUUCUGAUGAUAACUUACUAAAAAAUGUUGAAUUAUUUGAUAAACUUUCAUUGCGGUUUGGUUCAAGAUUUUUGUUUAUCAAAGAUGUUAGUGGUUCAAGUGAAAUAUGUUGCUGGAGUUAUUUUGGUUUGGCAACUAAAGUCGCUGAAGUUUGUUGCACAUCUAUUGUAUAUGCUACAGAUAAAAAACAUACAAAGGUUGAUUUCCCAGAAGCAAGAAUCUAUGAAGAAUGUCUUAAUCUUAUGCUUUAUGAAAAUCGCACAGAACCAGACCCAGAACUCAUGCAAGCUACAUCUUGGCGUGGUGCUGUAUCGGGUAUGUCAUCAGCUUAUGGAAGUGACGAUGAAGAAGAACGAACUCGUAUAGGGUUUAGAAAAAGAUUAGUAUAGUGAGCCUCAAUAAGCUUUUUGAAAAAAGCUUUUAAGUAACAAGUAAUGGUAACUAAUAUACUUAAGUUAUAUUUUUAUUGCCCUUACACAUUGCUUUUUUUGAAGCUAUAUUUGUUAUUGCUUUUGUGGAAAGUUAGGUCAUAGAGGAUUUUCGGAUCAGACAAUUUAACUUAUUCAGAUAAUUGUCAGGACAAAGACAAAGGUUAGGUUGGACAUGAAGUUAACAAUUUAUUUUUGAGAAAUUUUAAUGUUUUUUUUAAUAUGUUCAUAUAUUACCACAGUUAUCAAUUUUAUCAUUUAUAAUGAAUUUUUAUUAGCAAAUGUACUACAAAAUUAUUAGUUGAAAUAUUUUUAUCAUUGGUCACAUUGAGUAAACUGCCGACUAUUUAAUUGUUAUCUUUGCGUAUUAAUAAUUCUUAUGAAUGUUAUAUUACAAAUUUAAAUCAAUUCAAAUUGAGUUAUUAAAAUAAUGAUUUGUUGUACAUUUUCUAACAUUUCGGCUUUACUUGGUAUUGAAAUACUUAUAUUGUUUUCUAAAAUGUUUAUAAAUAAAUAAAUAAAAACAUGUCUGUUGUAAAAAAUUGUAUAUUAUUGAAAAACUUAAGUAGCAUAAUACUUAAUUGUUAUAAAAUCAAUAAUUGUAUGUAAUAACCAAUAUGCUGUAACAUAUUUUAUUUGAUUAGCAACAAUAAACUUUAUAUAUAAUCCAUACAUCUGUAC